UCAAUCAUUUUUACCCAUUCCACUCAUCAUGGACCUUGUCUUCCCGCCUCCAGAAGAGCCCUCCAUCCUCGCCUUGCCCCUUCCGCAUCCGGAAGCGUACGAGGGAGAACCCAGAGAGUAUGCGCUGGCGCUGAUGCAGCGUCGGGACGCCAUCCAGAAAGAGAUUGACGUACUAACCGAUGUUCUCACCUCUCACGGAACAACUCAGUCAACUUCUCUGGUGGACAAUGAGGGUUAUCCUCGAGGCGAUAUCGAUAUAUAUGCCAUCCGACACGCUCGCUCAUCUCUUGUGCGCCUACAAACCGAUCGGCAGACGGUCAACGAGUUGCUCGGUAAUGCUCUGAACGAGGCAUUCGCCCGGGGGUCUUCUGACUCAACCCAGCCCAAUGGAAAUACUUCAGCGAUUGACGGACACCCUCCGCAACCUCGUGCUCAACCGGCAGAGUCGUGGCCCGAGAAGGCGGUGGUCAAGGUCAACUCUGUGGCCGAAGGCAGCCCAGCAGCUGAGGCGGGACUCAAAACACAAGAUCUCGUCUAUUCUUUUGCCGGUAUCACACAUGCCUCUGAUGCGGCUUUGCAAGCUAUAGCAGCCGUCGUGUCGCGUUCAGAAAAUACUGCCCUCCCACUCCUCAUACUGCGUGGACAAGAGCAGAUCCGACUAUCUCUCACACCGCGCAACGGCUGGGGCGGUCGGGGCUCUCUUGGUUGCCACAUUCUUCCCGUCUGACCGUCAUGAU